GGAGAAACAAGGGUUUCUGACGAGGAACGAUGAAAUGAUACGCGACGGGCCAAUCAGAGCUCGCGAAUAAGGACGCGCGAAUGAAGAAACGGCGAGGCACGAAACGACCGUUUCUAAACGAAGGAACGAGUGGAAUAAGUAAGGCGUCGCGGAACGGGCAGGCGGCACUUCGUUUGCAUCGUGUCCGCGAAGGAUCUUCGGAUUUGGGCCAAAUCUUCACACGUACUCGCGAAUGGAUGCGUGCCCGCGAAUGCGUGCGUGCCUGGGUGCAUGCGUGCGUGCUUGUAGUCGCCGGGGCAGAGUGCACGAGCCGUGCAGCGGAGCUUACGAAGGCGCCGAGAUAUCCGCAAGUACGGCGGAGGACAAGGAGAGGUGAGACUGGAGGCAACGUUUGCCGAUUGGUCGGCGCCGUCCUCUUCGCAGCCAGUGACGAGAAUGGAGGCCAUCCGGACUCACUCCCACCGCGCCUAGUUUAUUCUUACCUUACCUUUCCAUUCCUUUCCUUUCCAUAAUCCUCACCGUCAGUGCGCAAUCCCCACCCCGCUCUAUCGCCGCCGCCACCUCCGCCGCCGCCACCUCCGUCGUCGCCACCACCGCCGCGACCACCCCGAUGACGAGGACCUGCUCCACGAUCGGCUCCAGGAUCGAGACACCGUCGAUACAUCGCCGAUGCAAUGGUGGCUUGUCAAGUUCCUGGAUGUGACAGAACUGACAUCAGAUGUAGCAGAGCUCGUGGUCGUACGACGAAUGCAGUUGCAGCAGAAUUCAAUUCAACUGGCACGGAAUCGGCACAAGGAUCUCCCAGAGCUUGCAGCCUGGUGAACAGCAUGCCUGGGGGUGCAGUUUCUGCGGAUGCCGUACCGGAGGAUCCGGUUCGGGCGGAGCAUGGUCGGCUCGAAGAUAUGCAGCAGAACAUGGUCGACUCUGAGAGUUUGAUCUCCCAGAGUUUGCAGCCAAAUGGUGGAUACGGUGCCUGGGGAUGCCGUACCGGAGGAUCCGGUUCGGGUCGAGCAGGGUCGGCUCGAAGAUCUGCAGCAGAAUGUGGCCGACUCUCAGUUCGAAAGAGCGGAUAUUCAUUCGUCGUUGGGCAGACCACAUUUCCACCGUUGCAAUCGGCGAGCGAGGGAAUGUGCAUCAACAGUGCGAUGCAAUGUCCAGAAUCUGCGGAGGCAGGUAGGCUCAAGACAUCCAAGAGUGGUGGAAUCAGCCAGGUGGGGGCCCGAUGGGCGGCACUUGGACGGCCCUAGUACCGCCACGGACUGUUUGGUCGACCAAUCGGAUCACAAUUGGGACAGUUGGCGGGCCCAAAAGUACAGGCCUCAACCGACGGAUAGCCUCUCCAGAUGGCUCUUACUACACGGAGUUUAAAGCUGUACAGU